AUGAAUACUGCGAGCGUAAGACCGUCUGCCGCUCCCCAAUCCCCGGCCGCCGUGCCACUGUCAUGUACCUUGUGCAGAAAACGUAAAAUCAAGUGCGACAAGCAGAACCCAUGUUCGAAUUGUGCGACCUCGCAGAAGGAGUGCAUCCCUGUCGUCCGCGCCAGAUUACCGCGUGGGAGAAAUGGGGGUCGUAAGGGCAUAAACUCAGAACUACGCAACAGAAUCAAUCGCCUGGAAGGCCUUGUUCAAUCUCUCAAUUCUGGGUUGCUACCCGAUAAUCCAGACCUUGAUUCCUUGCCGCAAAAGACGCGGACCAACAGCGAGACUCAAACAUCAACUUCUUCAGGCCCUUUUACAUUCAAGCAACAACCAUUUGACUCUCGCGAGGCCACUCCGGAUACCACGAGGUGGCCACUGGGGUCAACGCUCUGGACUCAAUUGGCCCAUGAACUCAAUGACAUUCACACGGUGCUUGAUAAUGAGGACGACGACAACGACAAUGAUGAUGAUAUUGAUUCAAGCCCUCCUUCUGUGCCUACGGACAGCAGUGGUACUCCAGGGGAUCUGCUGUUUACCUCACAGCCGGUUACUGUUCCUAUUCCUGUCGUCUCUAACAGUGAUGUGUUGGAAUAUAUCAAGAUCUUCCGACGCAAUGUCGACUAUAUCUUGAAGUUUGUUCACCUGCCUAGUUUUGAGAAACUCUUGACCGAAAAGGAACCUUACCUGGGUCAUGCGCCAGAAAGUCCAGCCAUCCAGGCACUCAUGGCUAGUGCUUUCUACGCUUGCAUAUGCAGUAUUAGCAAUUCACAUUGCUUGAUUGCAUUCAACAAGAAAAGAGAAGAUUUGAGGAAUGAGUGGCAACAAGCAACUUUCCAGUGCCUUUCACAGGUCGAGAUUGUCAAGAGACCAAGCCUCUCAGAAUGGCUCAAUCUUUACAACUUCAUCGGGAGGAAGCCUAUAACAAACUGCCUUGGGGCCAAGCUGAAGUACGUCGUCGCAUAUGGCGAAGCAGAAAAGCCACCUACACCGAUACAGAGUUCGUGGAAAGUCAGACAGGACGCCAUCGCGCGACUUGAGCGUACCUUUGAAGAAGACAUCUUAUCACACAUUCAAGAAGAUGGUGUGUUUCGUUUUGCUUCCAUCAGCUUUACCAAGGUUCUUCUUAGAUGUGCACAGUUGUACGCGGUCCGACCACUCCAGCGCCAUCCCCAACUAACCCUGCCUCCGCCCGAACAUAUGAACAUCUUGCUGCUCGCUGUUGAAGCACUCGAGGUCAAGCGUGGCUUGCUGAGCGAAACUACCGAGCCGUGGCAUUGGAUCAUCAAGGGCUUUGUGGAUUGGCACGGCCUGGCUGUUCUGCUGGCAGAGUUGUGUAAUCCUGACCAGUAUGAUGCACAGCUUCUAGAAAGAGCGUGGACAGUUGGGCUACUUUCGUUUGAUGAACUCUCGGGUCAAAUCGCCGAAGGAACUCAAGGUCCACUAUGGAGGCCGAUCAAGAAGUUGAUGCGAGUUGCACAGAAGAAGCGCCAGGAGAGAUCGACAGUGGCACCAACCAUGGUCAUACCAGGACCGUCCGACAAUUAUGUGGACGACUUAUCUGCCUACACGACCUCUACGAUGGAUCUGAUGCCAAUGAAUGCUGUGAUGGACGUCGGCCAGGGGUGGAACACCAUAUCAUCCGAUCCCUUGCAAGCAUCGUGGUUCAACUGGCAGUCUUUCACUGACGAUGUCGCGUCCCUGAACAAUGGAUAUAGUUGGGGCGCGAUGGAUUUCGAUCCAAUCUUUGAGGGCCUAUGA